CACUUCGGGCAUGUACCAAUGUGACAAGUGCAGAUAGACGAGUCGAAAGGACAAGACCAAUGUGCCCAAGACCAUGACCCCCGAAGAGUCAAACGCCGCGACAUCGACACGAUUUUCUUCAAUGGCCGAGUAUGUGACCAUGGGCACCACGAAAAGCAUGGUCAAGAGUGUGAUUCCAAAUAGGAAAUUUCCCAUGCGACGAAUGUGUGGAAACAAGAGAUUCCAAGAUUCCAGAGCCGCCGCCAACAAGCAGUGAAGCUGUGGUGGUGAUUGUUGUUCUUCGCCGUCUCCUCCUGGUGCCCCAAAAAGCAAUGAUUGUUGCAUCGAAUCGUCGGCCACGCUGUGUUCGCUGGGAGCAUGGCUGUUGUUGCUGCUGCGAAUGACAGGAGUACUGGUCCCACUACUACUAGCGUGGAUAGUGACUCGUGGAGGGCUGCCUACAUCGUCGCUUGUAGCUGUAGUGGGAACUCGAUUGUAGCCAAUUCCUCCUCCACCUCCAAUUUGAGGACUAGACAUGGACAUCUUGGUCUCUUCUUCUUCUUUGCUGCUGCUGUGAUAGUGGCGCCGUGGUGAAUUGUCGAGAACCAAGUCUUCACGAUUCACCGUUGAUGGCUUAUUGAGUCUUGCCAGAUAGAUGAGUGAAGGAACCCUUUUCGAAGGCAGGUGUCGUCAAUCUCCUCCUCUUGUAUCAAUUCUCUCUGUCAAUGUAUAGCCAGGCAACAGACGCUUGAGGGAGGAAACACAAUGCCGACCUCCACCCAAACAAAGUUGAAAUAGGAUCUCUUGCAAAAGAUGGAGCGUUGACCACAAAUGCGCGGUGCAUGGUUGGAGUGGUUCGUGGAAAUGCAUGCAACAGAAACCUUUUUAGCCUCAAUUGUCUUUGAGUGCCGUCACGCAAAAUUUCAGUUGCGCCUUUGUCUUAGUGUUAGAGGUGAAGGAAUCUUUUCUGGCCGUUUUCUUGUCGAAAGAUCCACCGUUCACUGCCACAACCAUUGCUUCAAUGCCUACUAGCUAGCAUCCCGGUACGGAGUCGACCAUGGCAGAAACUAAGUCCAAGCCACCAUCGUCGGCAGCCCAGCAACUGCUGCAAAAGCUCCUGGAGUAUCAACAGUCUUCCAAGGACAGCAAUGACAAUUCGCAUCACAAGGAUUCUCCCUUGAUUCUGUUUCAAUACACCUGCCACAUUUCCCAACGACUGGCCGCUGCCACCCAAACACAGCAAACAGCCAAUACCACUACUAGCACUAUUACAUUUAGUCGCACUCGAGUGCAACAACAGCAAGAUAGACAACAUGCCAAGGUACAAGCCGAAGCAGAUCUGUACCGACGAGCGAGGUUACGGACGCCCGAUGAAAAUGCCAAACGAGCCAUAUGGGGUGGAGCCCUCUGGCUCGAAUACUUGACUCAAAGCUUGCUACAUGUACAACAACAACAACAAGCCACAGCUUCUACCAUGAUUUGGAUUUCCACUACGACACGACAAAUUCCAUCCUACGUUUUGAAUAGGAAAGAAGAAUCCCUCGUCAAAAUCAUGAGCUGUACGUCCAUCUAUCAAACGAGUGCCGAUGACAACACGGAUGAUGAUGAUGUUUCUACACAUCCACUGGCAGAUUUGUUAAGGCAAAUCAAACAACACUGCUCUUCUACUAAAACCCACUGCACAUCCAUUGUGAUUGAAUCCUUGACACCGUGGAUCCAGCUCUAUGGAUUCUCCACGGUCUACCAAUUCAUCCAGGCUCUUAUCAAGACAUCCUCCAACAGCUUGGUUUUCAUUCCAGUCUUGACAGAAACACUCUCCACAGCACAACAUCGACAAUUGGAAGACUUGUCCCAUACAUGUUUGUGGCUUUCCAAUCAUACUGGACAAGUUGACCUCCAUGUCUUGAGGCGGGGGAUUCGGGAACAGGACAAUCGCGUCCGGGAAAUAUGGGAGUUUGAAAUUGCGCCCGAUACCAAGAAUGACACUACUAAUAGUAGACCAUUUUCACUCCAUGUGGGAACAGCCAGUACCACUGACGAUGAACAAGAGGAUUCAGCAGCACCACCGGAUCAAGUCAAUCUGGUCCAAGCGAUGAAUCCGGCAUUGACCACCGAAGAGACGGCACCACGACCAGCCAUUGUGACAGAAGAUACUGCUCCCGCUCCAAUAAGUAGCUCUGUUCAAGAAGUUACCAAACGAGCCAAAAAGAUUUCGCUACAGUUUGAAGACGACAGCAAUGCUUCACAAACCAAACAGAAACCUGUUGUUACGCAACAACCAGCAGCUACGCCUCCUCCUGCCAAUGCCCCACGAAUCUUUUUGCAAGACGAUGACCCCGAGUACGAAGAUUACGACUCGGAUGAUCUGGAUGAUGACUUGGACAUAUAAUCGUAGUUGGAUGAAGCUUUGUGGUAUAGCAGUAGAAAAAACUAAACAAAAUUCUAGUUUGCCAUUACUCAGCU